AUGAGCUACGGUUUCAUUCCGCUGAAUUCCCUUGGAGAGCUUUUGUUGUUGCUGCUGCAGGAAGAUCUGAGAGGAUCAUCUUUAUGGAAAACAACCAACAAGGAGGCAGCAAAAAACAACAAAAAAGGACGCAGAAAUCAUAAAGUGGUUUUGAACAAGUUAAAAAAGCGCAUAGGAAAAGGGAAAGAAAAAGCUCAGACCCAAUCUCAUUCAUAG